GAGGAUGAAGUAGAAGAAGAAGAAAAAGGAAUGACAACAUCGGAGGAAAACAGCAAACAGCGGAAGAGGAUUGAGAUCCGAUGUUCGUUUUGGUCAUAUUAAACCCUUAAAAUAGAUAACACGACAGCUUACAGAUGUCUGAGGGCGUCUAUGAGAAGUUUCUUGCUCCGGAAGAGCCAUUUCCACUGCUCUCACAGAGAGGAAACUUCAGCGAGGAUGCCACAUUGGAUGUUAGUGACUUUGGAUGUCAGUUGUCAUCAUGCCACCGGACUGACCCAUUGCACCGCUUUCACAGCAGCAGAUGGAACCUGACAUCGUGCGGCACCAGUGUUGCUAGUUCAGAGUGCAGCGAGGAGCUCUUCUCCUCUGUUUCUGUGGGCGAUCAGGAUGACUGCUACUCACUCCUGGAUGAUCAGGAACUCACAUCCUUCGACCUGUUCCCGGAAGGCAGUGUCUGCAGUGAUGUGUCCUCCUCCAUUAGCACUUACUGGGAUUGGUCAGACAGUGAAUUUGAGUGGCAGUUACCAGGCAGUGACAUCGCCAGUGGCAGUGAUGUGUUGUCAGACAUCAUACCCAGCGUUCCCAGUUCACCCUGCCUUGUUUCCAAAAGAAAAAGUAAACCCCAUCGAAAUCUGGACGAGCUGCCCUGGAGUGCCAUGACUAAUGAUGAACAGGUGGAAUAUAUUGAAUAUCUGAGUCGAAAAGUGAGCACAGAGAUGGGGCUUCGGGAACAACUUGAUAUAAUCAAAAUCAUCGACCCGAGUGCACAGAUAUUGCCGACAGACAGCGAGUUCAUCAUUGAACUGAACUGCCUCACAGAUGAAAAGCUCAAACAGGUGAGGAGCUACAUCCGUGAGCACAGUCCACGGCAGCGUCCAAACAUAACACGGGAUAACUGGAAGAGGAGCAUGGCGAGCAAUGGCAGCACCAGUGGUGUGAGUGCCCACAGCAGCAGUAAUGCCAGCAUGGUCAGCAGUACCAGCAGUAGCACUGCUUCCACAGGCUCCAAUUCCUCCACAAAUAUUAGCCGUGCACACAGCGAUGGAAACCUGGCCACUGCCGCAGAGCGAAUACGAGACUCAAAGAAACGCUCCAAGCAGAGGAAAAUGCAGCAGAAGGCUUUACGCAAGCGACAGCUGAAGGAGCAGAGACAGGCUCGCAAGGAGAGAUUGAGCGGCCUCUUCAUGAACGAGGAGGUGCUUUCACUCAAAGUCACAGAGGAGGAAGACCAUUGUGAUGAUGUUGAUGUGUUGAUGUGACGAGAGUGAAUUAUUCAGUGUUCCUUUUAAGCCUCUUCCAUGCAGCAUUAUUUACUCUGUCUGUUCUAAACUCCGUGUUUCGCUUGUCUAAAGCAACAUCAUGCCUGAAAACACCCAAACAUUAAAUACACAUAAAAUCAGUUAUGAGGAAAACAUUGUUUAGGGUUGCACCAGCUGUUUGUAACUGCUGUGGAUUUAAUUUGGAUAUCCACACUAGAGGCUUUGUAACUGCAAGCUAGUUUGUAAAAAACAAAUUGUUUGGCCAAUUUGUUCUUAAGGCUGUACUC